GAGGCGAUCGUGCUGAGGAAACGGACGACAAACGUGCCUAAGACUAACCCACGACUGCAGCCACAAAGACAAAUUACCUGGUAUACCAAGGUGAAAGGGCGUUCUAUAGGUUUGCAUGGCCCUCACACCUAUUCCGAUCACGGUCUUCACUGGAUUCCUGGGUGCAGGAAAGACAUCAGUGAUUCUUUCCCUUCUGCCGCAGCUUCCUAAGGAUUACAGGGUAGUCCUACUGAAGAAUGAGUUCGGAGAUGUCGAAGUUGACAGUCAGCUAGCCAAACAGUCAAGCUUGGCGGCCGUCAGUGAAAUUCUGAACGGAUGUAUGUGAGUGCUGUGUCCUUGUUGGUCAAAUGAAGACUGCCCUGCUUGAAAUUCGCGACAAAUUUCGGCCAGAUCGCAUCAUCGUAGAAUGCUCCGGAUCCGCCUUUCCGGCUACGUUGGCCUUCCAAAUUCGCGAACUAGAACGUGAAACAGAGAAUGACCUCAAACUCGAUGCCAUCAUCACAGUCAUAGAUGCGGAGAAUUUUGCUGGCUACGAAGAUACCUCACCUACCGCUCGAAUGCAGGCAAGUUACACCGACAUGAUCCUCAUCAAUAAGUCGGAACACGUUAGCGAACGCGCAUUGGAUAUUCUCAUAGAUCAUCUGAAUACCCUGAACGACCUGACACCCAAGAUCAAAUGCGAUGGCCGGAAUGGAGUCGAGCCAGCACUCCUCUUCGGGCUUGACUCGAAACUAUUUCUUGAAGAUGAUCAGACUGAUGUUGACCACCAUGAUGAAGUGGAAACCGCUACGAUCUAUAGAGGAAACCCGCCGAUACCUCAGCAUGGCCACGCUCACGAGCACGACGAUAGCGACUGUCACUGCAGUCAUUCGACUGACUCUUAUGCAUCUCACCCGCAUGCGCAUCCAGCUGAAAGCUCUGGCAUUUCCACCGCUGAAUUCAUCGGUGAAAUAAUUUUGUUGAAUGCGUUGUCAUCGCUCUCUAAAGAAACCAUUUGGAGAGUGAAGGGCUUCGUAAUUACAGAGAAGGGCCAUUUCAUUCUCAACUGGGCGUUUGGGAGGUUUGAUCUGACAUUAUUUGAUGAUAGCGAACAGAAUGAAAGUGAAGGGGUUGUGAAAUUAACGGUGAUGGGUGAACGCGGGGAGGUGAGAAGGACUGCACGGAAAUUAGCAGAAGCCUUACAAGCGAAACUUCGAUAGCGUAGUAUACCAUAACUUACAUACCUCGGAAACAAUAGACUUCGAAUCCAGAGAUGCUAUGAUUCUUAAUUCUCAACAAUGAACCAUCACUCCCCGCUUGCACCAAGACGCCGCUGGUCUUGCUAUGUCAUAGACACCUUCAGAGUGCUUCAGCGUUUCUCAUAAGCCGGAGGGUUUACACAAAAUAAGCCUUUUACAAUUGG